AUGGACUCAAAGACCGAAACAGCCCGUCUGCGUCUGGAGCAGCUCAACAGGGCCCUGUCACACAGCGCAGACUAUGUCAUUGCCGAGAAUCCUAAGCGAUCUGGCGGAUUGAUCAUUUCUGCAGCCAAAAACGCUUCCAGCUCAGACUAUGGCGAGGUUCGGAUCGGCGAUGUUACUGUCGCUGUCAGCCCUGCCUUGAACCCAGAGUUUGUCCCCAGCUACGAUCAACCCCUCUUUGAGGAUUCACAGGAAGUUCUUCGUCACCUUCGAUGGAUGAUGCAAAAGGAUAAGCUGGGCCAAGAUAUGUUCUUGAUCGGACCUCCCGGCCAUCUUCGUCGUUCUAUCGCACUCAAGUUUGCAGAGUUGACGAACCGCGAAGUGGAGUAUGUGCCAUUGUCCAAGGAUGUCACGGAGAGCGAUUUGAAGCAGCGCCGAGAGAUUGUUGGUGGAACAGCCUACUAUGUCGACCAGGCCUGUGUCCGCGCUGCAACCGAAGGCAGGAUCUUGAUCCUGGAUGGUAUCGAAAAGGCCGAGCGUAACGUCUUGCCUGUCCUCAACAACUUGCUGGAGAACAGAGAAAUGGCUCUUGAGGACGGUCGCUUCCUUGUCCACCCUAAGCGCUUCGACAUGCUCGUCAAGGAGGGCGGUCAGACUGCUCUGGAGACGAUGGAGAAGCACAAGUUGGUCAAGGUCAGCGAAACCUUCACAGUUAUCGCUCUCGGCUUGCCUGUCCCUCAAUAUGUUGGACACCCUCUGGAUCCCCCACUUCGUUCUCGUUUCCAGUCGCGUGAUGUCAAGGCGCCAGGAUUCGAGUCGCAGAUGCAACAACUUCGCGCUCUUGGACCCAACGUGCCUCAGGAUAUGAUGGAGCGUCUGAUCUCGGUUGCCAUGGUCUUGGGUUCUCAGCACUUCAUGAACGUUGGAACUGACUCCUCGACUUCUGCUUCGAUGGUCAGCAACGUCACCAUCCCCGAGUUCCCAGUCUCGAUCGAGAACGCCAUCAAGCUUUUGAACAUCUUCCCCGAUACCCAGCCUCGCUUCCUGUUGGAUUUGGUUUAUCCCUGGUCUUUGCUCCCUACCUGUGAGGCAGAGCAGCGCAGUUUGAUCGAGUCGACCUACCAGCGAUUCGGGGUUUUGGGACUUGGGCGCGAGGAGGAGGGCUUCGAUCAGGACGAGGGCAGCAUUAUCCGUCAAUGUGACUCGAUGUACAAGAUUGCCAGGAUCGAGCGUGCUGGACCCACGACUGCCCGUGCAACCUUUGAGCAUACUUCCGGCAAGCAAACAACUGUCGACCUUCACUGCGGACCUUAUCCCUUUGAGCCCGCCGAGUACUUUGUUGAGACCCCUUACCACGUGUCAACUCUGGUCAGUAUGCUCUUGGCCCAUGCCGUGGGCGAUUUCUGCAUGAUGGGAUCCAAGGGUGUCGGCAAAAGUGCUCUGAUGCGCCACUUUGGAAAGAACCUGGGUUACAAGGUCGAGUUCAUUCCUCUGUAUAAGGACAUGUCGUCUCGUGAUUUGCUUCAGCGUCGCAGCACCACUUUCUCGGGAGAUACCACCUGGGAGAACUCUGCCUUGGUCAAGGCUGCCAUGUCGGGUGCUUUGGCUGUGAUGGAUGGUAUCGACACACUUUCUUUUGGCACCAUGGUUUCGCUCCAGAGGUUGAUCCAUGAGCGCGAGACUGCUAUGCCCGAUGGUCGCAAGCUGUUGAGACCUACCCACUAUGAUCGACUCCAGGCUGAGCAUGGAUGGAGCCAGAAGCAGAUGGAGAAGAAGGGACUGCUGCGUAUCUCGCCUUCCUUCCGGAUUGUUGCUUUGGCCAGACCCGUCUCGAACGGUACUGAGGGUGGCAAGCCUGGAUCCUGGUUGGCACCCGAGAUUGUCAGCAUGUUCCAGUUUGUCACCGUCCGUCCUCUUUCUCUCCAGGAGGAGACUUUGUUGCUUCAGACAGUUUCGCCCGGUGUGCAGCCAGAGAGUUUGGAUAUGUUGCUCAAGUUUGCAAACCACCUCCGCAACUCGCCUGACGAGACCAUCAAGACCCUUUCUUCGGCCAUGUCGACUCGUCAAUUGAUCCGUAUUUGUCGUCGUUUGGCUGUGUUUCCUGACGAGAGUCUUCAUGAGGCUGUUCACAAGGUUUCACUCUCACGCUUCUUGCCAUCGAUUGCCAAGGAUGCCCUGAACCAGCUCCUUGCCCACAAUGGCAUCAACCCCAAGGCCAAGCCCUACAAGGCCAACGAGCUUUUGAUUCAAGUGCUUCCAAGCAGAGAGAAUCCUCAGGCCCUCCGCAUCGGCGCGAUUGAGGAACCCGUUCGUCAGGAUUCCAACCCGGUCCUCAUCCCCAACAUUGUCUUCCACGAGAACCCCAAGCAGACCGAGAUCUUGAUGGAGAUGCUCAAGGACUUCCAACUGGGCGAGCACUUGCUCCUCAUUGGUAACCAGGGUGUCGGAAAGAACAAGCUGGCAGACUACUUCCUCCAGCUUCUCAAACUCCCUCGCGAGUACAUCCAGUUGCAUCGUGAUACCACUGUCACGAGUUUGACCGCCACCCCCUCGAUCGUCGAUGGCGUUCUCCAGUACGACGAUUCGCCUCUUGUCAAGUCUGUUCGCGAUGGAUACAUCCUAGUGAUUGACGAGGCUGACAAGGCCCCCACUUAUGUCACCAGUGUCAUUCGUAACUUGCUUGAGGAUGGACAAAUGGUUCUCAGCGAUGGUCGUCGCAUUGUCUCCAAGCCCACCGAGGGUUCUGACGAGGAGGAGAUUGUGAUCCACCCCGACUUCCGCAUGAUGGUCCUGGCCAACCGACCUGGCUUCCCUUUCCUCGGAAAUGACUUUUUCAGAGAGGUCGGAGAUGUCUUCAGUUGUCACGCUGUUGACAAUCCCGAUGCUGAAUCGGAGAUGUACUUGCUCCGCAAGUACGGACCUGAUGUCCCUGAGGAGCUGCUGCUGAAGUUGACUGCCGCCUUUGAGGAUCUCCGUGUUCUUGUGGAUGAGGGCUUGCUCUCGUACCCUUACUCGACUCGUGAGUUGGUCAAUGUUGUCAAACAUAUGCAGAUCUAUCCUGAGGAAGGUAUCUCGCGUAUUCUCCAGAACGUCUUUGACUUUGACCAGUACGAUGCCGAUUCGAAGGAGAUGUUGAUCGAGACCUUCCAGAAGCACGGUAUCCCUGUUGGACUCGAGUCUGAGUUCACCAUCCAGCUGGGUCGUCAGAUCGAGGUCAGCGAGCCCAUCCUGACCGAGACGUGGAAGAAGGCCGAGCAUGAACGCCCUGUCGAGUGUAACGUCAAGUCCCAGCCUAUCGUCUUCCGUGGCGGCUGGAAUGUCACUGCCGGUACCCCUCGCGACUUGGAGCGAUCUGAGGGUCGCUCGGUUGUCUUCUCGGAGCAGCUGUACCACUUUAAGAUCCCUACCCGCGGCGAGGCUUUGGAUAUUAUCUCGACCGAGAAGGGUACCCUCUACGCUAUCUCGACCAACCCUGUGACGCUUCACUAUAUCGAUGCCGCUCACCGCACCGUCCGCAGCGCUGACAUGUACGAGUACUUCCCUCUCCAGAAGGCGCCCCCAAGGCUGAAGCUGGCUCUGGUCAAUACUCGUGCUGGAGGUCGCUUCUUGUGCAUGCACAACCCUUCGGACAAUUCGUUCCUCUCACUCGACACUAACAAGGACUCUAUCGUCUCUGUGAUGCUGAACGGCUUGGCCCCCGUUGCUUCGUUGAUGGACAAGUCUCAGGCUCAUCUCGGAUAUAUUGCCUUCUUCCAGGAGAGCCGUGCCAACAUUGUUGUAGUCGAUUUCAACACAGGCACCCAGUACAUUGUUGAGCUGCCUGUUCAGAUUGCGGCUUUCCAUAUGAUUGAGCCCAGACUGUGGUUGGUCAAGGACACUCAGCAGGGUGAUUAUCACUUGGUGUAUGCCUCGACUGCAGAUGUGCCCAUGCCUGAUCGUCUCCAGCGUGUUUCUAUCACUGGGCUUGGCGCCAAGGCUAAGCACCGCUUGACUUAUGUCUCCGAGGCCGUCGUCGAGCCCGGCACCAACAACACCGAGAACCUCCGUAUGAUGCACACAACGAACGACAGCGUGGUGAUGGCGUUGGCCAAGAACAUGGAGCAUAUUUUGGCGGAGGAUCCCCAGGCCGCCAUGGAUGUGUUCUCGUACAUGCGUCCUAUCUCGGAUGAUAACAUCAGAAACAUGUACUCUAACCUCCAGAGCUCCAGCUUGUACAUGAGAAAGACCCAGCAGAUGGCCAAGAUCAUUCCUUCUCCCAGCGGAAAGAGUGAGGGCCAUUUGGAGCUGUUCUCGCCCUCUGAACGCAGUAUCUGGCGUCUUUUGAUCCCCCUGUCGAUUCCAGUGACCAGCACUCUCCGUGCUGACGCCCCCAUCACAGGAUUCAAGGGUCUCCAGCAGGAUCGCAUCGUUGCCUCAAUGACCGAACUCGAGGAUGGCUCCCUGUUGACGAUGGACAACUCUGGAUUUGUCCGUGUCUGGCAGGUAGACGCUGCUGAUCUGUUCCAGUCUGCCAGCACUUGGAAGAAGCUGGUUGGUACACUUGACUCGCGUACUUUGUCUAUCCUCUACAAGGAUGAGCAGGGUCGUUAUGUCAAUGCUGACGGCGAGUUGGUCGGCCCCGAUGGCAAUGUCAUUGGCGAGGGUGGAGAUGGUGAUUUGCCUCCUGGCAUGGAAGAUGUUUCCAGUGGCGAAUCAGGUAGCGGUGGCGGCGGCGGCGGUGGAGGAGGAAGUGGUGGCAGCGGAGGCGGAAGCGGUGAAGGCGAUGGCAGUGGCGAUGGUGACGGUAACGGAUCCGGAUCUGGAUCUGGAACCCGUGACGGCGCCCCUAAGGACGGUCGCAAGCCCAACUUUGACGACGUCUCCAAGCUCGACAUUCGCACGAGCGCGCCUCCACCAAAACUGGUCUCGGACGCCCAGAUAGAGAUGCACAACAUGACGAUGCGCAAGCACCUGGCAACGAUGGACAUGACGGCCGCAGAUGCCAAGAUCUACAUGGCCUAUAUGGAGAACGUCCAGCGCGAGAUCCGUGAGCUCCGUGUGAUUUUGGAGGGUAUUGAGGCCAAGAACAAGGAACGCGUUUGGCUCAAGAACCAAAGCUCGGGGGAUUUGGAUGAUACCAAGUUGAUUGAGGGUUUGACAGGAGAUCAUAACAUUUACAAGCUGAGAGGGGACCAGGAUCCGGAGAUGGGAUUCCAGCAGAAGCCCAAGAAGAUGUACUUUGUGUUUGAUCUCUCUGCGUCCAUGUUCCGGUUCAAUAACCAUGACAGACGCCUUGAGCGAUCCAUGGAAGUCGCACUCAUGAUUAUGGAGUCAUUCAGGAACUUUGAGCACAAGUUCGCAUACUCGAUCAUCGGCCACUCGGGCGACUCUCCCAACCUCGAGUUCGUCAAGGAAGGGAAAUACCCAAAGACCGAAAAGGAUGUCUUCAAGGUCAUUUCACAAAUGAGUGCCCAUUCGCAGUACUGUCUCUCGGGUGAUAACACUCUUUCUGCAACCUCGAUGGCAAUGAGGGAAAUUGUCAAGGAUGAUGCGGAUGAUUAUAUCGUUGUUGUGCUGUCGGAUGCUAAUAUUGGACAGUAUAACAUCAAGCCUGAGGACCUUGGUCGCAUCCUUCGCUCAGACGAUAGGGUGACAUCGUCAAUGAUUUUCAUUGGGUCGUUGGCGGACCAGGCGGACAAGCUGAAGGACGCGUUGGGCUCGCAUGCCCAUGUGUGUCUGGAUACCAAGGACUUGCCCCAGAUCAUCAAGUCGAUUUUCUUGACCUCCAUGAUCAAGUAA